GAAUAUACGUGAGGGGAGUUGGCUUGUAAGAUUUAAUACUCCUGUCUUCGAAAGAAAAUAAUAGGACGUUAUAUGAUUUAAAAAAAAAACAUUUACAUAAUUUUUUUAAGUUUCAGUUUGAAGUUUUAGGAUAACUUAUUAACAAGUUAGAAAUUAAAAUUCUAGAAAAUGGGUAGCAAGGAUGAUGAAUACGACUAUUUGUUCAAAGUUGUUUUGAUCGGAGAUUCGGGUGUUGGUAAAAGCAACCUCCUCUCCAGGUUCACAAGAAAUGAAUUUAAUUUGGAAAGUAAGAGCACCAUUGGUGUAGAGUUUGCCACACGAAGUAUACAGGUUGAUGGGAAAACAAUUAAGGCCCAGAUAUGGGAUACAGCUGGACAGGAAAGAUACAGAGCUAUCACUAGUGCAUAUUAUCGUGGUGCUGUUGGUGCUCUACUAGUGUAUGAUAUAGCUAAACACCUAACCUAUGAGAAUGUGGAACGUUGGCUAAAAGAGCUACGAGACCAUGCUGAUCAAAACAUUGUCAUCAUGCUAGUUGGAAAUAAGAGUGAUUUACGGCACUUAAGAGCUGUGCCAACUGAUGAGGCUAGGGCUUUUGCAGAGAAAAAUAAUUUGUCCUUUAUUGAGACGUCUGCUUUGGAUUCUACAAAUGUGGAAUCUGCCUUUCAACAAAUCUUAACAGAAAUCUAUCGCAUUGUAUCCCAGAAACAGAUCAGAAACGAUACUGAUAAUGAUCCAUCACCAUCAGGAGACAAUGUGAAACCAAUUUCCAUUGCACCCACUGAUAGCUCAGAUACACGUAAAAAACAGUGUUGUCAGACAUAGAGGAAGUCCUCGUGUCUUAAACCCCCUAUAGUGCACUCUUAUUUCCAUUUAUGUCUGACCGGACGGAUGUCCUUCUAAUUCAUUCUACAGAUACCAUAAGUCUGCAGUGUCCUUGUUUAGAGAGUAUCUUACCCCUGUACCUUAUUCUUUAUUUGAAAUUCCAUUUAAUCUUUUAAACAAAACAACAAAUUACUGAUGCAGUAAACCUCUGUUUUGAUGAUGUACAUGUGUUUGUAGAACUUCAAAUGAGUAAUGCUCAUUUUGAGUAUCUACAGAUACAUUGUAAUAUAUUUCAAUAUUUUCAAUCUGUAAUGCUUGCAUUUUAAAUAUGCUGGUUUUGCAGCCUUAGAAAUAGCUACAUUCAGCUGCUUGUGUAAACUGUCUAACUAUCCCUGCUGAGGAACUGUGAUUUGGCCUGACUGUCGAGAAACUGAGACGAGAUAACUGGUCAGGUGUUUUUUUUAAUGAAUAGAAUUUGCUUGUACUUCUGCGAUAACAAAGUAAUUUCUAGUACACAUUUCUUUAUGAAAUUCUGUAGUACCAUUAAUACAUUUAUCACUGAAAUUAGCAAAAGAUUUGAAUUACUUAGUUGGAUAUUAUUGUGAUCAAAUUGAAAGAAAGCAAAUUUUUUUUAGUAAUUCAAAGUGAAUAAGCUUAUUAAACUAUCUUGGACGACCUUUUUUUUAUUAUUAUUAUUACACAAGAGUUUUUAUAUUUUGCAUUAACAAAACUCGUUUAUGUUCCGAGCUUCAACACCUACGUAUAAUGCCAUUUUUUUUCUCGUGAUGUCUUAACUUUCCUGUACAUUAGUGUAAAUUUAGAUAAAGAUAAAAAAGUUUUGUUUUUAAGAAUAACAAUGAACUUCUUCAACUUUAAUCAUGUUGAGCUUGUACAUGUACCAGACAUAGAUAAUAAAUAGGUGCACUCAUAGAUCUUUGAAACAAACAUCUGUACACAAUGUUACUUAAUGAUGCAUUCAAUAUUUUCAGUUCUGGGUGUUUUUUUUCUUGUUUGUAGGCUUUGAAAUAAAUUAGUUGUCAAAUAAAGGAUCAUCACAUCUG